AUGGAGACUAUGAAGCCCAAGGUGAAAGUGCUAAAAAAGAGUCGCUCCAGUCUUUUUGCAACCAUAAAACGGGAAAUGAGCUUUGCACAAAGCACUGAAGAACAGGAGAGUGAAUUUCCAUUUUCACAGGACAGUUCUGUGAAACCAUGGACAUCUAUGGACAACCUUGAUACUCCUGGUGGGAUAAAAAGUGCAAAAAAGAAUCAGAGCAAAGAGAAACCAAAGCCAAGGCAAUCAAACAUUGUCAACCUCAAUGUGGGUGGAAAGGUGUUUCACAUCCCGAAACAUUUGGUCCUCCGACAUCCAAAAACGCGGAUUGGUGUCCUUGCCCUUUGUAACGAUCCUGUCAAGUGUCUGACGCUCUGUGAUGAUUACAAUGUUCAGAACAAUGAGUUCUUUUUUGACAGGGAUCCCAUGUUUUUCCAUUAUAUAUUCCACUUUUAUUGCAGUAAUGUCCUGUGGGUGAUGGAUAGUCUCUGCCCUGUCAACUUUGAGGAAGAGAUGUCAUUCUGGGGGCUGAAACUAAAGGACACUCCAAGGUGCUGUCGCAUUAAGUUUGAGGAGAAACUGGAUGACAUCAGAGACCAACUGAAGGUCAACCAGGAGCUGCUUGAUGAGAUUAAGCCUCACCAGGAUGAUGAGGGCUACAAGACUAUGUUUCUUGGAGGCUUUCGGAAAGCCCUCUGGGAUCUGAUGGAGAAUCCUUACUCCUCAAUGUCAGCCAAAGCCUUUGCUGUGUUUUCAAGUCUCUUUGUGGUUAUCUCUAUUGUUGCCAUGACAAUGAAUACAGUGAAAGAACUCAGUGGCUAUAAACUCUCUGGCAAAACCUACAUGGAGUGGGUAGAGAUUGGUUCCAUCCUCUUCUUUACCUUGGAGUACUUUUUGCGCUUAGUCACCACAUCCAAUGUCAAACAUUUUGUGAAGAGUGCCCUCAACUUUGUUGAUGUGGUGGCUGUUAUGCCCUACUUUGUCCAGAUCCUUUUUGAGGCAUUUGUUAUAGAUACAGAAGACCACAGUGCACAGGAAGAUUGGAAAACCAUGGAAAGGGUCAGUAAAGUCAGCAAGGUGCUCAAGGUGGUCAAGUUGAUGCGCAUCUUCCGUAUCUUGAAGCUUGCCCGUCAUUCAACAGGCAUGAGAGCAUUUGGAUUCACUAUCCGGCAGUGCUCUGAGCAGGUAUGCUGUCUAUUUUUGUUCAUUGCGAUGGGCAUCUUCACCUUCUCUGCUCUGAUGCACUCUGUGGAGGUGGAUCAGCCUGGGACACCGUUCAGCAGCAUACCAGAUGCCUGGUGGUGGGCUGCGGUGAGCAUCUCUACUGUGGGCUAUGGUGAUGUUGUCCCAAUCUCUUAUCUUGGUCGCUGUGUGGCAUUUAGCUGCAUUUCUUUUGGCAUCAUCCUCAAUGGCAUGCCUAUCUCCAUUCUGUUCAACAAGUUUUCUGACUACUACGCCAAACUGAAAGAACAGGAAUUUACAUUUUCAAACACUGAGCGCGCCUUCCAGCUGAGGAAACGCCUGAGGCGCAGGUUUGACAGCUGCUUUGAGCCACAGCCAGAGGAUUCUGAUGAUGAAAUAUACUAUUGGCCCAGUGGAAGGAAAUCUAUCAGUGAAAGUGAGGAUUGAUAGAAGCUGCCUAGUUGUGAACUUUCUAACCCUAAACAACCUUUUCACUCAUGACUCUAGAAAGUGUAAAACCCCACCUGCCUCCAACUCUGAGCCUGUGUGAUUUAAGAUAAACAAUCUAAGUGGGAAAUGGAGA